AUGGUUCUCGUCUUUGGAGUCAACUUUGCCGAAUCGCGCCUCGUCAAGAGCGCCCUCGAGAGCUUCUACGGUGUCGGCCCUCAGAUCUCCCAGCGCCUCAUGGCUCGCCUUUCCAUUCACAACACCGCAAAACUCCAGGGUCUUGGUCACCGCACAGUCAACGACCUCUCCGCCGAACUCCAGAACCUGACCAUCGAGAACAACCUGAGGAGGAAACUGCAAGACAACAUCAAGCGUCUAAGAGAUAUGGGCACAUACAGAGGAAGACGCCAUGCCAUGAGUCUGCCAGUCCGUGGUCAGAGGACCCGCACACAGAUCGCAACUGCCAGAAAGUUGAACAGAGUUGUUCGCAGAGGCUGA